AUGUCUGAGUUACCUAAAAGAGCGCGAAGGCCCAUAGCCGCCCCCAAGCUGGAAUGUCGUUCUUGAGCGGGAUGUCAGAAACAGAAGACGACUCUCAAGAGGAUGAGGAAGAAUGGAUGCCGGAGGCAAAGGCCCCUCCAGCCAAAAGACAAGCAAGGAAACCUAAAGAGCCCACUAAGAAACCUGCAGCAAAAGCAAAGACUGCGGCUGCUCCCAAACCACGGAAGCCUGCUGCCAAACGAACCAGCAAAACAUCCAUCCCUGUUACAGAAGAAAGUGGAAUAACAUCUGAGAAUAAAGACAGCGAUGCAUCAACUUUUCAGGAGAUAACAGUUAAACAAGAGAGAAAGUCAAUAUCUGUUGAGCAGACCAUCAAGAAGGAAAAGCCAAAGAAAAGAAAAAUGGCAACGGAAACGUCUAAAGCAAAGCCAAUUAAGGUGAAGGCAGAGAGGAAGAGUCUUAGCGUUGAUGAAUUCCCCUCUACCAGCAGCAAGGAUACGAAUUUAAAUUUGAAGAAUGAGAGAAGAUCCACAGAGGAGGAAGAACCUCCAGAUGACUUCACAUUUGGUCCACCUACAAAAAAACUCAAGACAUCAGACGCUGCAGGGAAGCCGGUGAAAUAUAAGAGCUCCAGCUCAGGCCAUGAGGGAACGGAGAUGAACUGGGACAUUGUUGAGGUUCUGGCAGAGCGCACCAAUGUAGAGCCCUGGGUUUGUGCUAACAUUAUUAAGCUGUUCCAGGAUGAGAACACCAUUCCAUUUAUUGCCCGUUAUAGAAAAGAACUUAUCAACAAUCUCGAUGCCGAUACACUGCGAGAAGUACAGCAAAGCUUGGAGGAAUUGCGGUCUGUAGCCAGAAAAGCCCACUCGCUGAUGGAGAAGCUGAGGAAAGAAGGAAAGCUGAACCCUGGCCUACACAAUGAGAUGCUAAACUGCAGGACCUUGGAUGAAAUUGAGCACGUGUAUGCACCAUUCAAAACUGGAAGCAAAGGAACCAAAGCACAGAGAGCCAGACAGCUUGGACUGGAGCCUGCCGCCAAAGCUCUAAUCGAGACUCCCCAGCAACUCAACCUGCAUAUGUUCAUAAAGGAGGACACAGAAGGACUUUCAAUACUUCGAGAAAUUGAGGUGGGAGUGCAGCACAUUCUGGCAGACAUGAUUGCGAAAGACAAAGACACACUGGAUUCCAUUCGAAACCUG